AGGUCGCGGGCCCCUUUUUCCAUCGCGCUCGACUCGACCGUCCGGAGAACGAGAGAGAGAAUCCCGCUCUGGAAUCUCGCCGGAGCCCUAAUCGGCGUUCCGUCCCCUCUCCCGUCGAUCGAAGUCCGUUCUUUCUCCGCUCUUUCGUUUGGCCUUUCGUCGGCAGGCGAUUCGGCGGCGUCUCCCUGUGCGAGCGGAGCUCGGUUUCUCUGACCGAAAAACUCCUUGCUUUUACGAGAGGCAGGAUGCUGGAGUUUCGCGCCGGGAAGAUGCGUCUCGAGGGGACGAGGGUCGUCCCCGAUGCUCGGAAAGGCCUCGUUCGCAUCGCCAGGGGCGAGGAGGGACUGAUGCACUUUCAGUGGCUCGAUCGCACUCUGAACGUCCUCGAAGACGAUCAGAUUAUCUUUCCAGAGGAAGCAGUGUUUGAGAAGGUGAAUCAAGCUUCAGGGAGGGUUUACAUCUUGAAGUUCAAUAGUGAUGACAGGAAGUUCUUCUUUUGGAUGCAGGAGCCUAAUGCUGAAGGUGAUGCACAAUUGUGUAACUCUGUCAACUUCUACAUCAACCAACCAAUUGAGCUCCCUGAUGAUGAUGAUGGGCCUGAGGAAACCGUUCCUCUUCAAGACUCAGAGGAUAUGGUUGAAGAUGACAUCUCAUCAAGAGCUGGACCUGGUUCGACUGCUGAAGUAACUGAUAAUAGUAUUCCUCCCUCUGUUGGAGCAGUAUCAUGGGCAGAAUUGAAAAGGAUUCUCAGUAGCAUUGAACCUGGAGAUAAUGCUGGAGAUCCAGAUGGAGGGUUCGGGCUUGGGGACAUUUUGAAGCCAGAUUUGAUCAUGCCAUUAAUAUGCACAUUGCCAUUUGAACAGCGCUUAGCUUCAUACUUACCUGAGGGGCAGUGGUCUCCUGAGGAAAUUAUGGAGCUGUUUCAGAGUCCUCCUUUUCGCCAACAAGUGGAUUCCUUUUCUUAUGUGCUUCGUACGGGACAGAUAGAUCUGUCUCAGUUUGAGAUUGACUCAACCAAAUACAAGUUUACUGUUCUUUCUUUUCUCGAGGCUCUCGAAGAUUCCGUGUCUAAAUCAAGUGACUCAGAUGAUUCAAGGCGUGACGACAAGAACUUAAAAUCUCAAUCUUGUAAUCAUAACGAUCCCAUGGAUGAAGCACAAUAGGGCUGUACCUUCUUCAUGCAUUCCUUCUUGAUUUACUCGAUUGCUCCAUUUUAUUGGGUUGAUGGAACUCCCGUGUUUAGCUAGAAUGAAAUAGCCCGAUCAUUGCAAGGAGAAUUUCAUGCUUUGACCGGUGUAGAAAAGAUAGCAUUGAAGUUACUUUGUUGGUUUGAGGUACCUCAAUACUAUUUCAAUAGAAGAAAUUUUGAGGGAUGCCUGUCCUAUGUUAUACUCCAA